AUGUUUCAUUCUCUAAAAUACAUUCGUGUUUUGGAUCUAAAUUCAGGCACUCUUGUAGAAUUGCCAAGCUCUGUUGAAGAGUUGAAGCCACUAAGAUACCUGGACCUCUCUAGAGCACAGAUCAAAGUGCUUCUCAACUCAAUGUGUAACCUUUACAAUCUGCAGACACUUAAAACUUCUAGGGUGCCUUUGGCCCUUCGAAUUGCCCAAGGACUUCGGAUGCUACCGUCAAAAAUGGGAAACUUAACCACUCUAAAAAACUUGAGCGCAUUUCUUGCUAGUGACACAAGCGGACAUGGAAUUAAAGAACUGAAGGACGUGGCAUAUCUUACUUCACUGCACAUGUUAAAGCUAGGAAAAGCAGUGGAUGAGGCAGACUCAAAGUUAAAUGAGAAGGGGAGUCUUCAGAAGCAGGUGUUAGAAUGGAGUGGGAGAGCCUUCAACGAACAAGAUAAAGUCGAAGCCGCGAGGGGCCUUAAAGACCUCAAACGUUACCCAAAUCUCGAAGAGCUGGCAAUUCGUCACUUUGUAGGCUCUAAUUUUCCUUCUUGGAUGACAGAUGGUCUGCUCCAAAAUUUGGUUACACUUUCCUUAAAUCAUUGCACUAAGUGCAAAAUAAUCUCUCUUGUCCAGUUACCCUGCCUUAGAGAGCUCUAUAUCAAAGGGAUGCAGGAGCUUGAGGAUUGGCAAGAAGAUCAAUACACUUCACUGUGUACGCUACAUAUUAUAAACUGCCCCAAGCUGAGGAAGGUACCUAACUUGAUGUCCAAUUUAAGAGUUCUCAAGCUAAAGAAGUGUGGCUCAUUGAAGGCUCUUCCAAUGGCUCCCUCUCUGAUGCUUUUAAUACUUAUUAACAAUCUUGUUUUGGAGGAUUGGAAAGAAGGAAGUUGCAUCGCCCAAUAUGAUCAAGGCAACCAAGUAGGCCAACCCAGGCCUGCUUUGAUUGGUCUUUUAGAAUUGAAAAUGGUAAACUGCCCCAAGAUCCGAGAACUGUCUCAACUGUAUGCUCCACAAAAACUGGAGAUAAGUGGAUAUGAACUUGUAAGUGCCGUUCCUGAGCCACAGUUCGCCCAGCGUCUUCAGCAUUUAGCUCUAGACACAUGUUCAAACGUAACACUAGUGAGGGCAAUAUCUAAUACGAAUUCUCUCUGCUUCCUGGUCAUUUCAAACAUCUCAAAUCUAACCUCUUUCCCAAAAUUGCCCCUUCUUCCAGCGCUUAAGGCUUUGUACUUCAGUGAUUGCAAAUGUCUCACUUCUUUGUCUGAACAAAAAGGUUCAUUGCGAAGCCUGUCCUCUAUCCAAUUGCUCUCAAUUCAAGGCUGUUCAAAGCUUGAAUCAUUGCCAGAUGAAGGGUUACCAACAGCACUUGAGUGUCUGAUGAUUGGCUCAUGCCCAAUGCUAAAGUCUCUAGGUGCCAAAGAGACCUUAAAGAGCCUCCUUUUUCUCAAGGACUUGUAUAUGGAGGAUUGUCCCUUGACCCAAUACUUUCCUGCAGAGGGGCUUCCUCCCUCUCUCCAACAGGUGAAGAUUCAUGGGUGUCCCCAAGAGAUAGAAGAAUGCCAAAAAGAGGAUGCAGGAGCUACAGAAUGGUCAAAGAUCAUGCAUGUUCCGGACCUGGAAAUCGAUUCCAUCAAUCUAUCUUCCACGCAGAUGUGCCAAACAACAAAGCACGGAUUCAUUGAUUUGUUUUCUGUAAAGGCAGAAUUAAGUGCUUAAUUAUUGAAAGAUGUAAAAUGACCCAUAGUUCCAACAAUCAUAGAGUGUUGGUGUCUAUUGGUUGCAGAACAACAUGUGGCCGUGUACACAAGGGAAACAAAAUGCCUGGCAGGACGGCUGGAAGCAAAAGAAAGAUCUGGAAGCUCAAGAUUGUGAAAACUGACAAUUCAAGUUGUGAUGAUCAAAGGUGCUGCCCCUGGUAAGCCAGGAAAUCUGCUAUGUAUAACUCCAUGUAAGAUUGUUGGAAGAACAUACCAACGAACUAGCUUCAUGUAUCCUGAUUUGUUUGAUUUUCGUUCUGCAUCAUUGCAACAAUGCUGUACGGAGCUAGCAUAAUUCAAUGGCGCUUCUGGUUUUGAAAGGAUGAACAGGACUGCUGAUAUUGUAUUUAAUGCAAUGUGCACAGGUGGGCAUGUGGUGGGCAACUAUGUUGGAAGUGUUGUAAGAUACACUUGAUUGAUUGAUUGUUGUUUUGAUACUCAGGUGGAUUGUU